AUGGCGGACUCGCAGCGCCGGUUCUGCCACCCGCCGCCGCCGCCGCCCCCGGCACAUGGCUGCCGGCAGCCCGCGGAGGUGGAGCAGCUCGAGCAGGCGCCGGUGAAGCAGCUCCCGCGUUGGGAGCGCCUGCGCCUCGCUGUGGAGGCGCAGAGGGCUUCGGAGGUGCAGUCCGACAAGCAGGUGAAGCCGCAGGUGGAGGUUCCGGUGAUCUCGCCCUUUUCCCCCCCGCCUGUGGAUUUCAGAUCGCAUCCCAGUCCGGUGGCUACGGUGCAGGCGGUUUCGCCCCCCAGGGCCAUGGCGGCGGAUGCGGCGAGUUCUUCGGCGGAGCAGGGUACCAAUACGAGCACUACCAUUCCACCGGCGCCCAAGAAGAGGCGUCGCAAACACAUGUUGAGCGACUACAAGCGCAUCCUCGAGCGCAUGACGGAGGACAUGCCCACUGGUCAGGAGCCGGACAGCAGGAAUGAGGAUCCCACGGACGCCACCUCGGAGGUGAAGACCUUCUACAUCGGCGACGGGCCCUUUCCCGAUGCAGGUGGUGAAGGUGCAGCCUCCGACAUGUCAGCCCUUAGUGGCGGUGUCACGCUUGACGGCUCUGGCACGUCAGCCGUCAGUGGCGGUGCCUCGGAGUCGAAUUUCGGUGUAGGCACGUCAGCCCAGAGUGGCGGUGUCCUGGACAUGUCAGCCCAUAGUGGCGGUGUCCAUCACGAGUGGGAUGAUAUUUCCUCGUCUUCUUCUGUACCCUCGCUGGCUGCUGGCGCUACGGAGCAGCUGCAGGCUUCUGGCGCUCCUCCGGACGCGAUGCCUUCCAUGUUUGAGGCCUCCCGUGAGGACCUCGCCACGGACAUCCAGUCUGGAGUUUUUUCACAAGAUGCGAAAGAGUUGGACGACACUGACGUUGCCUUGCUGGGCCGCUUCGCUGACGGCGAAGCUGUGCUCUCGGAGUUGCAGCAGCAGCCGUCGCUGAGGGCACCGGCGUUGGAGGUCGCCUCUCGGCUGAUGGCAGCAGGUGCGAAUUCGAAUGUUGCUUUCCUGCCAAUUGUGCAGGGCCUUGCGACGCAGCAGACAUGA